GGCGGAGUAAAACUGUUAAAGUGAAAGAUUUUCGUGCGACAACAACCUGAGAUUAAGAUGAGUUUUGCUGUGGCAGUGGCAUUGUGUUUUUCCGUGUUAAAAACCGUUUUGGGCGCAAACAAUACAGGGGUCCCACAAAUUCCUUUCACCGCGCCUUCGUCUCAGCGCCAUUCUUCCACGAGUGGAAUAACCCACAUGUCUCCCGACCGUGAGGAGCUGACCCUAUUCCGAGACUUGUUCGAUGGAUACGACAAGCGGCUACGGCCGGCGCUGAGAAAGGAAGACAAUGUUACAGUGAUACUGGGUAUAUCUGUGCAUCAACUCAUUGACAUUGACGAGAGAAAUGAGCUCAUGCGACUUAGCGUUUGGGUGAGGCAGAAAUGGGUGAAUCCUUUCCUCCGGUGGAAUGCAACACACUACGGAGGAAUUACGACUAUUAAUGUUAACCCAACAGAAGUUUGGAAACCCGACUUAGUCCUUUACAAUAAUGUCGAUGACAGCACAGACGGGUCCCUGGCGAGAUUUAAAUCACAGAUUAAGGUUUCUAGUGAUGGCACCAAUCUUUGGUUGUCUCCAGUAAUCCUUAUAAGCUCCUGCAAGAUCUACGUUAAGUACUUCCCUUUCGACGAACAGCACUGUAAGUUGAAGUUCGGAUCAUGGACUUACGAUGGCUUUCAACUAGAUUUAAGGCCUGAAGCAGAUGAAGGUGUUUCUGAUAAGUUUGUGAGCAAUGGAGAGUGGGAUCUAGUUGCUGUUCCCUGCAAAAGAAAUAUCGUAAAAUACGUUUGUUGUCCAGAGCCAUACCCAGACGUCACUUACGAAGUGCAGAUUCGGAGAAGAACUUUGUUCUUUUUUUUCAACAUGAUCAUCCCUUGCCUUGUUAUUGUAGGUCUCACAAUCUUGUCCUUUUACCUUCCACCUGAUUCUGGUGAACGCAUCUCAUUGGUCAUCACUAAUCUCCUUGCCAUGACAGUGUUCAUGUUGUUGGUGGCUGAAAUCAUUCCUCCGACAUCAGAUGCCGUAUCUAUCAUAUCCACCUUUUAUUCCUGCUGUAUUUUCGAGGUUGGAAUCGCUCUUAUUGGGACAUGUGUGGUUCUCAAGUAUCAUUUUUCAAAUCCCUCUAUUCACAAGAUGCCAAAUUGGCUUCGCUUUGUGGUCCUCCACUGCUUGGGAAAGCUUUUUCACAAGAAACUUCGUGAUGACAACUCGGAAAACCCAUUAGAAACAGGAGCCCCAUUCGAAAAACGUAAACUUGUGAGGUCAGACAAUGGAUACAUCGAGGCGUUUUCACCUCGAAACGAAGCCCUGAAUCAAAGAUUUGGUUUGCUCGAGAGGAGACUCUCUGGAUUAGCGAGUGGAAAGUGGGCCACUGAAGGAAAAACGUCUUCAGACGACAGAGAACAUAGAAGAUCCUAUGUUGGGAACGACGUCACAGAAGAGACGCGAUAUGAUGACCAAACCUCUCUGACAAAAGCCAUUACGCACAAGCAGGGAGCCAUUGCAAAUGCUUUAGAAAAACUGGUGGAGGCUCAAGAAGCGCAGGACGAAGAAGGGAAGCAACGCGAGGAGUGGAUGAUGGCUGCGUCAAUCGUGGACACCACUUGCAUGUGGAUUUUUACGCUCACUUUGAUAGCUUCGCUUAUUGCCUUGUUUUUUCAAAUUCCAAAAUAUGAUUAACGCACGAAAUUGAUAUUCUUGACUGCUUUGCAUGGACGCGUGAGACUGUUUCACGCGCGCUGAUCGAAGUUGACAAAAUUUGACCUCUUUUAGUUAUCGGCUCGGCCAUAGGCUAUACAGGGUUGUCGAGAAAGGAAAGUACACAAGCUUUGAAAAUUAAAGAUAAUUUGUCCUUAACAACUCUUUGCUGAACCUUCGCAUUCUUUAGAUUAGUAAUUCUACAUUCUAACUAUGCAAGCUUG